GACAAAAUGAACCCUUUCUUUUUUCUGGGUUUUGGACAUUCUCAUCUAGUCUACUUCUGGAAUAGAAGCGUACCUUUCAACUCGACAAAUGAGACGUACUGCUACAGCACUGCCCAGGGCAGCACGGUGCUCCAAGGAGUAACUUUUGGUGGAAUCCCAACUGUCCUGCUGCUUGAUGUAACCUUCUUUUUUAUUUUAAUAUUACUGUUUUCCGUUAUAAGAAAGAGAUUCUGGGACUACGGUCGUGUUGCUCUGGUGUCAGAAACUGAAAGUGAAUCAAGAUACAACCGACUGUCAACAUCUUCAUCAGUACCUGAAGAUCUUGAAUAUGAUAGGGGGUUUUGUUCUUGGAUGACAGCUGCUUUUCGGAUGCACGAUGAUGAGAUUCAUGAGAGAUGCGGUGAAGAUGCCAUACAUUACCUUGCCUUCCAGCGUCACAUCAUCUGUUUGUUGAUUGCUGUCAGCAUUUUGUCUGUGUGUGUCAUAUUGCCUGUCAACCUAUCAGGUGAUCUACUUGAUAAAGAUCCCUAUAGUUUUGGAAGAACAACUAUAGUAAACUUACAAACUGGCAAUAAUCUUCUUUGGCUGCACACAGUUUUUGCUGUUGUUUACCUGAUUCUGACUGUUGUCUUCAUGAGACAUCACAUGAAGUAUGUCACAUAUAAAGAAGAAAACACAGUUAAGUGCACAUUGUUUAUAACUGGUCUUCCAAAAAAUGCAAAAGAAGAGACAAUACAAGGCCAUUUCACUGCUGCCUACCCAACCUGCACUGUGCUGGAGGUCCAGCUGUGUUAUGAUGUAGCCAAGCUUAUUCAUCUCUUCAAAAAAAGAAAACAGGCAGAAAAAAGCCUAACUUACUAUGAACACCUGCAUCAGAAGUAUGGCAAGCGGGUUCAAAUCAACCCUAAGCCGUGCGGCCAAUUCUGCUGUUGUGAAGUCAGAGGAUGUGAAAGGGAGGAUGCUGUGGAUUAUUAUACCAAAGUUAAAAAUGAACUGAUGGAAGAAUAUUCAAAAGAGGAACAAGCUGUUCAUAAUAACCCACUGGGAAUGGCUUUUGUAACAUUUCAAGAGAAAUCUAUGGCAACCUAUAUCCUUAAGGACUUCAAUGCCUGCAAAUGUCAGAGUAUUAAGUGCAAAGGAGAACCCCAGCCAUCAUCCUACAGCAGGGACCUGUGUGUAUCAAACUGGGAGGUUACAUACGCUCCUUAUCCUGAGAAUAUUUGUUGGAAAAAUCUUUCAGUGCAUGGACUGAAAUGGUGGUUUAGAUGGGCUUGCAUUAAUUUGCUGCUUUUUAUUGUACUGUUUUUUCUUACUACUCCUUCCAUAAUAAUUUCAACCAUGGACAAGUUCAAUGUCACUAAACCUAUUCACUACCUUAAUAAUCCCAUCGUCAGUCAAUUUUUCCCAACACUCUUGCUCUGGUCCUUCUCAGCUUUGCUACCAACAAUUGUCUAUUACUCAACUUUGCUGGAGUCCCACUGGACAAAAUCUGCAGAGAACAGAAUAAUGAUGCAUAAAGUCUACAUAUUUUUGAUCUUCAUGGUAUUGAUUCUGCCCUCCCUUGGUCUGACCAGCCUUGAUUUUUUUUUCCGUUGGCUGUUUGACAGAGAAUCAUCUGAUUCUGCAGUUAGACUGGAAUGUGUCUUCUUGCCUGACCAGGGAGCCUUCUUUGUGAACUAUGUGAUUGCUUCUGCUUUCAUUGGCAAUGGGAUGGAGCUGCUGCGCCUGCCUGGCCUCAUUCUUUACACCAUACGCAUGAUAAUGGCCAAGUCCACAGCAGAAAGGAAAAAUAUUAAACAGCAACAAGCAUUUGAAUAUGAAUUUGGAGCAAUGUAUGCCUGGAUGUUGUGCGUGUUCACUGUCAUCAUGGCCUAUAGCAUUACGUGUCCCAUCAUUGUCCCAUUUGGCUUAAUAUACAUACUCCUGAAGCACAUGGUUGACCGUUAUAACCUUUACUAUGCAUAUCUCCCUGCCAAGCUGGAGAAGAAGAUGCACUUUGCAGCUGUGAAUCAGGCCCUCGCAGCUCCAAUUCUCUGCCUUUUCUGGCUCUAUUUUUUCUCAUUUUUGCGGCUAGGCUUUAAAGCACCUACAACCAUGUUUACCUUUCUAGUUGUCAACAUCACAAUUGUUAUUUGCUUGGCUUAUACUUGUUUUGGCUGUUUCAAGUACCUGAGCCCACUGAAUUAUAAGAUAGAAGACACGCAAUGUGAAAGAGGAAAUGAUACAGAUGCACCAACCAUCCCAACAUCUUCUAUGUACGUCCCCCGAGUUUUGCAUCCUCAUUCUACAGAAAGGACGAUGCUUGCCCAUAAGGAGCAGCAAUCAUAUGGCACCAUGGACAACACUAGUUCACAGGCAGAAGAAAUCGUAAGCUAUUCUGCUGGACCUGCAAUUAUUGAGCAGGCAUCGAGAGGUUCUCGUUGA